AAUUAUAACCUGAGGUCACUAAAGAAGCAACGUUACAGCAAAGUUCUCUAUAUUAUAACCUGUCACAAUUAAAGUUUCAGUUAAAGUUGAAGAUUGCAAAGGAGUAUAGGUAGUGCACUCCACUUGUUUGAUACAAUGCCACACUCAGAAUUUCGAAGUCCGAUUGCUGCAAAUAUAGGUGUUGAUGACAAAAGUUGGAUGGCUCUCCCCCAUUCAAGUCUAGAGUUUUCUACCGGAGUAGAAUAUUUUUUAGACAAAGCAUUUGAAAGAGCAGCUCAAGGAGAUGAGAUUCUUUGUCCUUGCAUAAAAUGUAAGAAUCGUUAUUGGGCAAUAAGAAGCGUGGUGAAUGGCCAUUUAGUUUAUCAUGGUUUUGUUAAAGGAUAUACACAAUGGGUUUUUCAUGGGGAAGGCUUCACACCCGAAGUGCCAAAAGUGACUGAAGAUAUAAGUAUGGAUGAUGGAGAUGACAUUGAAAAUUUGUUACAGGAUACUUUUAGAAAUAUGUCAGAUGGUCCGACAGCCGAUGCAAUAAAGUUUUUUAUGUUAGUUAAAGAAGGGCAACAAGAGCUUUAUCCCGGGUGUAAGAAUUUCACAACUCUUUCUUUCACUAUUCGGUUAUAUCUCUUCAAGUGCUUGAAUGGAUUAAGUAAUAAAGCUUUUGGUGAUCUCUUGGAGUUGUUAAAAGAGGCCUUUCCUGAUGCAAAAUUUCCAGAUUCUUUUAAUGCAGCAAGAAAAAUUAUAAGGAAUUUGGGUCUCGACUAUGAAAAAAUACAUGCAUGUCCUAAUGAUUGUAUGCUAUUUUGGGAUCAACACAAAGAUGUUAGUCAUUGUUUGACUUGUGGGGCAUCUAGGUGGAAACUUGAUAAGAAUGUCCAAGGCGAUAAUACUGAUUCUUCUUCUGCUAGCCAAUAUCAAGUUCCAGCUAAAGUCUUGAGAUACUUUCCUUUAAAACCGAGGCUUCAGAGGUUGUACAUGUGUUCUGAAACGGCCACUGCAAUGAGAUGGCAUGCGAUUGAGCGUCCUAAAGAUGGAAAACUGAGGCAUCCUGCUGAUGGCCAAGCUUGGAAAGAUUUUGAUUCUCUGCAUUCUACGUUUGCACAAGAUCACAGGAAUGUUAGAUUAGGUUUAACUAGUGAUGGGUUUAAUCCAUUUCGGACUAUGAGCAUUUCUCAUAGCACAUGGCCGGUGGUUUUAAUCAAUUACAACUUAGCACCAUGGAUUUGUAUGAAACCAGAAUAUUUCUUUUUGUCCUUACUUAUUCCAGGUCCAAGUUCCCCUGGAAAGGAUAUUGAUGUUUAUAUGCAGCCCUUGAUCAAGGAAUUGAAAGAAUUGUGGGAGGAUGGAGUUGAAACAUAUGAUGUAAGUGUGAACCAGGCCUUUUUCUUGCGUGCAGCCUUGACGUGGACCAUUAGUGAUUUUCCAGCAUAUGCAAUGUUGUCAGGUUGGAGCACUAAAGGUAAAUUAGCAUGUCCUUCUUGUAACCAUGAAACUUCUUCUCAAUAUCUCAAGUAUAGUAGGAAGACUUGUUAUAUGGGUCAUCGGAGAUUUUUAGAUGCUAACCAUAUAUGGCGAUUUGAUGAUAAGUCUUUUGAUGGUCAUGUUGAGUUAAGAGGUGCACCUUCUAGUUUGUCAGGAACCGAAGUUGUAAGAGAACUAUCAGAUUUUGAAAAUGUAUUUGGAAAAAAUCAAAAGAAGAAAGCAAAUGAUGGCCCUUGGAGAAAGAGAUCAAUAUUUUUUGAAUUGUCGUAUUGGGAACAUAAUACUUUGCGACACAAUUUAGAUGUCAUGCACAUUGAGAAAAAUAUAUGUGAUAGUAUUUUGGGCACAUUGUUGGAUAUUUCAGGAAAGACAAAAGAUCACUUGAAUUCUCGAUUUGAUUUGAAAGAAAUGGGAAUAAGAGAAGAGCUUCAACCUAUUUUCUUAGCUGAUGGAAAAGUUAAGUUGGCAAAAGCAGGGUUUUCAAUGACAGAGGAAGAAAAGAUGCUCUUUUGCACUGUUUUAAAGGAAGCAAAAUUACCCCAAGGAUGUGCAUCAAAUAUAUCUCGAUGUGUGCAGCUUAAGGAAAAGAAAAUUUCUGGGUAUAAAAGUCAUGAUGCUCAUUUUAUCUUGCAUUUUCUGAUUAAAGUUGCUGUGAGGAAAACAUUGCCUAAACCCAUUGCAAUUCUAUUAAUCAAGUUCAGUGACUUCUUUCGAGGUGUAUGCAGUAAAGUCAUAAGCUUAGCGGACCUAGAGAAAUUGCAAGCAGAAAUAGUUGAGAUACUUUGUCGACUUGAAAUGCAUUUCCCACCUUCUUUUUUUGAUAUAAUGGUGCAUUUGCCCAUACAUUUGGUGGAAGAAAUUAAACUUGGUGGCCCAGUUCAUUGCCGAUGGAUGUAUGGAGUUGAGAGGGAUUUGUGUAUAUUGAAGGCAAGUGUUCGUAAUCGUAGUUGUCCAGAAGGUUCUAUUGCAGAAGGUUAUCUAGCUGAAGAGUGCCUAGUGUUUUGUUCUAGAUACAUGCAUGAUGGUGUGAAGACAAGAUUUAGUAGAUAUUGGUGGAAUGAUGAUAGAAUUACAUCCAUCGAUGUAUCAUUGCCUAUUUUCCCUAAGAUAGGUCAUCCUAUUGGAGGGAAGAAAAAAAGACAGGGGAAGGCAUUUGCUUUAGAUCAUAAAUUACUAGAGCAAGCUCAUCGAUAUGCUUUGUUCAAUUGCCAAGACAAAAUUGUUGAGAAAUAUAUAAAGGAACAUCAAGACUUAAUUCAACGUCGAAGAAGGGUAAGUAGAUGGGCAAGAGAAAAAAUCCAUAGUCAAGAAUUUGCACAAUGGUUUCAAGGCAAAAUUACAAAUGUAGAAGUUCCAGAAUAUAUUCUAUGGCUAUCAAAAGGACCAAACACUGUUGUUAAGAGGUAUGCUGGAUAUUUCAUCAAUGGGUAUCGUUUUCAUACUAGGAAAAGAGAUGCUCGGUGUAAGACUCAAAAUAGUGGAGUUACUUUAAAAGCACUUACCCCUAGCUUUGCAAGUUCAAAGGAUUCGAAUCCUGUUGUUGGAGACGUCACCUACCAUGGAGCUAUAGAGGAGAUCAUUGAGCUUGAUUAUUGGGGUUAUUUUAGUGUGGUUUUAUUCAGGUGUGUUUGGUUUCAAGUGGAGAAGGAUGAAUAUGGGCUGAAUUGUGUUAACAUCAACAAACUUUGUUAUCCAGAUGAUCCUUUUGUCAUGGCUUCUCAAGUCCAUCAGAUAUUUUAUGUCAAAGACCCAAUUGAAGAAGCACUCUAUUAUGUCAUUGCAAAAGUUCCUAGAGAUUUAUUUGACCUUCAAUAUGAGAAUUGUGAUGCAGAAACAUUUUGGGGAGAGCCUAAUGAAUUGAUAAGUGGUGAUUCACUUGCAACGUCUAGUGAUAAUCCUAUAACUUGGAUUAGAGAAGAUGCUUUUACUGAUAUUUUGGAUGUGCCAUUACAUAUAUUAGAAACACAGCUGCCUUUAGAUAACAAUGAUGAAGAUUCAGAUUUUGAUGAUACUGAUUGGGAUUGGAUGAGUCCAAGUGACUGAUAUUUAGAUUUUUCUUCUUCUUCUUGAUAAGAAUGUGUUAAAAAUUUGAUGUUCAUGCUGGACAAUAUGGUGAUGAAGAGUAGAGCCUCAUUUUUUGGAAUUGUGGUCCUAGUGGAAGAAUGUGUUAAAAGUCUGCAUUUGCUUGCCUGUGACUGAAACUGUUCUUGCUGCUGUUUAUAAGGCUUUGAAUGAUCAGCAUGUACUUCUUGAAGGCACUCUUCUUAAGCCUAACAUGGUUACUCCUGGUUCAAGUGGCCCCAAGGUCUGGCUUUCAUCCAGAUAACUUGAAACAUUUUAAGAGAAAGAAAAAUGGAAAGAAAAAUAUUGUUGAAGUGAGGUCAACAAAAAAAAU